ACUCCACAGAAGUGGGAGCAGUCUCUUGGUCAUCCCCUGUACUGUAUGCAGUCUCUGGUCAUCCCCUGUACUGUAUGCAGUCUCUGGUCAUCCCCUGUACUGUAUGCAGUGUCUUGGUCAUUUCCUGUACUGUCUGCAGUCUCUUGGUCAUCCCCUGUACUUUCUGCAGUCUCUGGUCAUCUCCUUUAUUGUGUCCGCAGUCUCUGGUCAUCUUCUGUACUGUCUGCAGUCUCUGGACAUCUCCUCUAUUGUGUCCGCAGUCUCUGGUCAUCUGUACUGUGUCUGCAGUCUCUGGUCAUCCCCUGUACUGUGUCCGCAGUCUCUGGUCAUCCCCUGUACUGUGUCCGCAGUCUCUGGUCAUCUCCUGUACUGUGUCCGCAGUCUCUGGUCAUCUCCUGUACUGUGUCCGCAGUCUCUGGUCAUCUCCUGUACUGUGUCCGCAGUCCCUGGUCAUCUCCUGUACUGUGUUUGUAGUCUCUGGUCAUCUCCUGUACUGUGUCCGCAGUCUCUGGUCAUCUCCUUUACUAUGUACGCAGUCUUUGUUCAUCUCC